AGCACAACUCAUCACUCAUCAGCAAUAUAAUACCCAAGAUACAAUCUAGGCAGCCUACAAUCUAACGUACUCCAGGCUCCAGCUGAUUUGUCCACGCGGCAUGGCGACGGCCAGCGCCGCUUCAAGCUUCCUCGUCCCGGCGACUGCUAUCGCCCCGACACCCUCUGCAUGCCCAUCCACGGUUCCCAAGAACAAGAAGAAUGCUGCCGGCCGGCGGCGGCGCACAUUGCAGUGCAGGGCCAGCGGCCGGCGGGGCGACGACGAAGACAGCCGCCUCCUCUGGCUGCCCCGGCGGGAAGUGCUGACCGGUCUGGGCGGCGUGGCCGCCAGCUUCGUCGGGUACCCGGAUCUGGCUUCCAUCGCCCUGGAAGCGAACCCCGUGGAGAGCUGCCGGCGGGGCGAGAAGGUGACGGAGAAGCUGGUGGAGUGCUCGGACCCGAACAGAGACUUCCCGUGCCCGCCGGCGUCACGGGUCCCCAUCGUGGACUUCACGCCGGAGGCGAGGGUGACGCGCGUCCGCAGGCCGGCGCACCUCCUGGACCCGGAGUACCAGGAGAAGUACAGGGAGGCGGUGGGGAAGAUGCGGGCGCUGGACGGGUCGAACCCGCUGAGCUUCGCGGCGCAGGCGGCCGUCCACCAGUCCUACUGCGACGGGCACUACCGGCUGGACCCGACGGAGAAGAACCGGCCCUUCGACGUGCACUUCUCGUGGAUCUUCGCGCCGUGGCACCGCAUGUACAUCUACUUCUACGAGCGCGCCCUCGGCCAGCUCAUCGGCGACGACACCUUCGCGCUGCCCUAUUGGAACUGGGACGCGCCCGCCGGCAUGGGGAUCCCGGCCAUCUUCAAGCAGGGCGUCUCCACGGCCGACAACCCGCUGUACGACCCCUACCGCAACAUGGAGAACAUGGACGCCCUGCUCGAUCUGGACUACCUCAAGAAACCCAGACGCGACACCAUCCCUUUCGAGCCGCCGACGGACCCAGCCGCGCGCGCCAAGUACGACGACGCCGUUCAAACCAACCUGUGCACCAUAUACCUGCAGCAAGUCCGUGACGGCAAGGGCCCCCGUGCUUUCCUCGGCGAGAAGCUGUGCAGCGAGUCGAGCUUCCGGGUGAAGGAGAUCAACGAGCGGUCCAAGCGGAGGCAGGCGGACGGGCAGAGCAGCAAGGUGAGCCCAAGCAAGUCGCAGAGCCAGGGCACGCUGGAGCGGAUGGCGCACACGACGGUGCACGUGUGGACGGGGCGGGCGAACCCGGCGACGUGCAGCGCGGAGCAGGGCGGCGUGGUGGGGCACGACGGCAAGCCGCACUGCCAGGUGGACAUGGGGUUCCUGGGCACGGCGGGGCGUGACCCGCUCUUCUACUCGCACCACGCGAACGUGGACCGGAUGUGGCACAUCUGGUCCACUAGGCUGGGCGGUAAGGGCUUCGACGACCCGGAGUGGCUGGACACCAGCUUCGUGUUCUACGACGACUACCGGAGCCCGCGGCUGGUGCGGAUGAAGUUCCGCGACGUCCUGGACGCGACCAGGCUCGGGUACACGUACGACAAGGAGUCGGAGGCGGCGCUGCCGUGGCUGAACAGCAAGCCGACCCGGUUCUCCGGCGGCGGCAAGGCGAAGGCGAAGGCGGCGCCCAAGGUGGCGUCGGAGUUCCCGCUGACCCUGACGGACGAGGCCGUGGACGUGCCGGCGGUGGCGGUCCCGGCGCGGCAGGCCGGGAAGGACCUGGUGCUGCUGAUCGAGGGCAUCGAGUACGACCCCCAGAUCAACAACAAGUUCGACGUGGUCAUCAACGUGGCCCGGGAGGACGCCGCGAGGGUGGGGCCUAAGGACAGCGAGUACGCCGGCAGCUUCAGCGCCGUGCCCAGCUCCAACGCCGCCGGUGGCACGCUGGUGGGCAAGUUCACGCUCGCCCUCGACGGCGUGCUCGCCGACCUCGGGCUCGCCGGCGCGAGCGCCGUCGACAUCGUGCUCGUCCCUCACACGGAGGGCGAGAUCAAGCUGUACUUGCCCCCGACCAUCGAGAACGCGUGAGAACUGAGAUGAGAUGAGACCCGCCACGCACUGCUGGCUGGCUGUUUCGUCUGUUCACCGUCCCCAUGAGCCAGCAGUGGCGAUUUUUAAGUUCUAAUUGAAGUAGUAUAUGCCGUCCUGAUAA